CUGUGGAGCAGAACGAAAGCCACGAGCAGAAGAACAUGCAUCUCCAUUCUGGGCUGCUGAUUCUGUGUAUCGGGUGGGCGUUUGCCUUCCUUCCCAACAAAGAUUCCCCUGACUUGGGUCCAAACGACCUCACCGAUGAAGACAUCACUACCAAGGCCAUCCUGAGGGCUGUGGCCACUUUUAUGGAAAGAAACCCGCUGCCAGGAAAGGCGGCCUUCAGGCCAGGAGAGCUGGUGGGCCUGCGCCCCCUGACUCCGACCAGUCUGUUCAAGGCGUACUUCCGAGCAAACGUGUCCCCUGGCCAGUUCAUCCAGGCCAUUGACAACAUCAUGAAAGGAAAUAACGAAGUAGAACUUAACUAUGCAGAAGACAGCCAGUACAAUUUUCACUGUGAAAAGAUCAGGGAAGGGAUCAGCUAUAUCCAGGAGUAUCGUGAAGCGAUUAUCACUCAGUUGAAAGACUCGGGGGAUAAAAUGGACUUUUCAGCAUACGAAAUGAUCCAAAUUUCGACUGGCACGGCGCUGCACAUCCUGCAGAAAUUCUACAGCAACACCAACUGGGUGGAAAUGGGAAAGCGGACGCCCUACAGGCACCUGGUGAAUGCUGCAGAAGCCGCAUUUCCGACCGCCUCGUCUAUGAUGAACACUUGCAGGGACUGCCUUCGUACGCUGAGAGGCGUUUUAGACUGCAGUAGGAAUCUCCUGGUGAACGACCUGCUGACCAGUGGAUACAAAAUGUCGGCGACCUGUCCGGCCAAACCUAAAGGAAAAUGUGGGCACGGUGGUCUAAAUGAUGAGACCCAGCUUGAGUCCCCUAUAGGUGGCAUCAACAAAGAAACCGCAAACCCGGUACUUUCUCCUCAUUCUGAUUUACACAAAGAGGCUGCUCAGUUAGCGGAGGAUGCGACGGUGGAGUUCUUCAUAGGCCCAGGUUUUGGAUUCCUGGACAGUGUUGGGCCUUCCAUUUUUAGGAAACUUUUUAACCUGCAGGGUUACACCUUGGCAUUUGUCAUCGACACGACGGGCAGCAUGGGUAAUGAAAUCGAACUGGUCAAGACCAUCUGCAUCAGCAUCAUCAAAAAGUCUAUGAACUCCCCGGAUGCGCCAUACAAUUAUGUGCUGGUGCCAUUCAAUGAUCCCGCUUUUGGUCCUGCCAUUGUGACCCACGAUGUGGCGUAUUUACAAGCUCAGAUUGGAGCUCUCAGCGCCUCUGGAGGUGAUGACUGCCCAGAGAUGUCCAUGAAUGGCCUAAAGUUGGCUUUGGCAAGCAGCGAGCCCAGGUCAAAUAUCUUUCUCUUCACGGACGCCGGAGCAAAAGAUGUCCACCUGCUGGAUGAAGUGAUGAUCCAGGCCAUUACCGUUCAGACCCAAAUUUAUCCCAUGUUGACUGGAUAUUGUAGUGCGACAGGAGGUGGAGUUGAAGGCAACGAGUACGAGAAGCUGGCAGAAGAGACGGGUCAACAUUACACCCUCGUCGAAAAAGGGAAGCUCGAUACAGUCCUGGGAAUCACAGAACUGGCCCUGAAUUCGGCUCCUGCUGUCCUUGUGCAGAUCACCGAGAGAACCAAGAAGCUCCUCUUCUACGUCGACGAAACCCUGACGGAGCUCAGCGUCUCCGUGAAGAAGAAGAACAACGUGCCCUUUUACUUCGCUCUGCUUACACCGUGGGAUACUACAAGAAAGAAGCGAGACGUUUCUCUGGAUGGAAAAGUUACUUCAUUAGUUAACACCACCAACUUCCAGGUGGUAAAGGUCCCAGUGACAAAACCAGGCCAGUGGGCAGUUGAGAUGAGCAGCUUGGACACGUACACAAUCAAGAUCAUGGGCAAAAGCCUGUUGGACUUUUCUUACAAAAUAAUGGAGAAGAAAAAUGGAUACGUGCUUCCCAUACAAGGGCGACCUGCAAAAGGUGCUGAGUACAUCCUCUCAGUGGCCGUGCAAGGAGACAGCGAUAAGUUGACCUUAACGCAAGUCAUAGUAUUUGAUGAAGCAGGAAAGAAACACGCAACGUAUGACAUCAAUAAAAGUACAGACAGCCACGGAGAACUCCGAGUUUCAGUGCCUGUGAAGAUUGAUCUACCGAGUUUCUCACUGGGAAUUGCUGGCAAAACAGAAAAAGGAAAUGACUUUCUGAGAUGUAAACCGCUCCUCAUUCACACCGAGACUGUCUCCCUGAAAUUAUCAGAAGGACAGAAGAGUACCUUGAUCGAGGGAACGUCACUGGACGUCGUUGUGGUCGUCACAAAUGAAGGACCUGAUCAGACCUUCACAUUUAAUGUCAAGGAUGAGCGCUCACUGAUGAAGUCUUUUACUCCAAGCAGUGCAUUAAUCAAAAAAGGAGAGAAGGCGACAUUGACGGCGACUUUUAUUGCCCCCAAAACUGUGGCGAAGCAGACCUCAAGCCUCGUGACAUUUACAGCUAAAGGUGGUGCGUCAAUGAACUACCUGAAGAGCGUCAUGACUGUGGUGCCAAAACCCGAGGAGAUUCCAGAUGAGGACCCUCCUCAGUAUAAGAUUACAAAAGAAGGAGACAGCUGCCGAGGCAUAAAGCAGAGUUUAUUGAGGUGCAAGAGCUUCUUCUGGGACACCACAUUCCUGGCAUGGGACACAAAAAGCGCCGUCACUGUUGAAAUCGUUCAGCCUGCCGAUAAAACCUCAAAAACGUCCUCACUGAACUGCGAUGACAGCGUUGAGUCGGGCGUCCACCGGAGCAGCUGCAAGUACAGGUCUGACUGCUGUGCUCCAUAUGUGACGCUCAUUCUUAAGGAUGCCACAGGAAAUCAAAACCUUCUUAAAGUUGAUUUUCGUGAAAAAGAGAACUAUGCAGGCUGAGUGUGAGAGAAGCUGCCGGAGGUCCGUGUCUGAGAUUCUGUGGAUGACAUCAUUGAAUUCUGCUGAACCUUGGUGACCUGAGGGAGUUCUCUCUGCUGUCAAGUCUGAUGUGUCCCCAUGAAUUGUAGUUUCCCCCUACAGGUUUUGAAUUUGAAAUAAAGUGUGAGACUACAAGCAUA